AGCAGAGGAGGGACGCAUCGCACCUUCGUCUCCAUUGCCACUCCCUGCUUCUCUCUCUCUUUUCCUCCUCUUGCUCCACCGGGUGGCCACCCACAGCAGUUUACAAGCAGCAGCAGAGGAAGAAGAGGAACAAGAAGGUUUCGGCUGCCUGUUCUGUUCUUGCCGUGAUUGGAAUUCUCUCUUCUUCUUCAUGCCUUGUUGAUCCUGCAAAGACGGCAGAUGAGCAUCAUGGCGUGGUACCCGUUGCCGCAGAGCGGAGGCACACCGUCGGCGCCUGGCGACGAGUUCUUCGACGACCAGCUCAGCGCCGCCGGCUGGCCGCUCUGGAGCUUCGGCUCAUCAGCUGACGACGAUCAUCAUGACAGUCACGGCGCUGGCGGCGCGGCGCGUGCAGAGAAGCACGGCAACGACGACGCGGCGGGGAGUUCUGUCGAACACACCGAGGGCCUCCCGGUGCCGCGCCAGCAGCGCACGCAACCAACAGACGACAUCUUCAUGAGCCAGUUCUCGGACGAGGAGAUGAGGAGGAUGGACGCGCCGUUCGAGGCGCUGGACAUGUUCCCGGGCUCCAUGCACCAGCUGCUGUCCUACGAGAACAUGCUCAGCGGGGUGCUCACCGGCGGCUCAUCGGAGGACGGCCAGCAGGCGGACGCCACGCUCGGGGUGGACACCAUGGACACCUGCGGCUUCCCUCUCUUCAGCCACGACCUGACGCAGAACGCGCCGCCGGAGCUAGUCCCCGAUCUUGUCACGCCUAAGGAUCAUCAUCAGGAUGGGGCGAGCUUUGUGACCAAAAGGAGCAGAGCCGUCGUCGCCGAUGAAGGGAGCGUGUUCUUGGAAGCGAUGGUGCUCCAGGAGCUCGAGGACGUGGUGUUCCAGCUGACGAAGAGGACGCGGGUGUGCUUCCGGGACGCCUUCUUCAGGCUGGCUGAGAGUUCGAGAGCCAAGUGCAGCGCCGCAACCGCAAACGGGACGACGCCUUCUUCUCAAACUGGUGCCCAGCAAGCAGCAGAUCAGGGCAAUGCGUCGUCCAGGUACGUGACGAUGUCAACGCCAUGCUGCCCGGAACGGGAGACGAACGCCAUCGACAGGACGGUGGCGGACCUCACCAUGAAGCUGCCGCGUUCCGUUCCUCUUGAUGAGGUCCGCCGCUGCCCCGACGACGACGACUCAGCGGCGGAGGCGCAGUCCGCAACCACCUCCACCUGGACGACGACGACGACGGCGGCGGCGUAGAAGUAGAAGGGGACUGAUGUGAGGAUGAUCCAUCUUUUUGCCACCUAUAGCGUGAUUUAAGAUUCGGCCAUGGAUUUGCUUGGCGCAGAGAUGUACAUACUUGCGUACUGCUAUUGCAUCUUCUUCCUCUUUUUUUUUUUUAACGAGCUUGCGAGCAGAUGAUGCAGAGAACUGGCUGUUUGUUGUUUAUGCGUUUGUACUUCGUAUACUGAAGUCACUAUCUGAUGCAACUGAACUAGUGGCACCAUUUACGUUUAUAUAGUGGUAUUUGGAACACUGGCAA